GAACCGGGUUGGCACCGCGCAUGGAGAUUGCGAGUAGAAAUAAACCGACCGUGGGAAUUGGCGAUUUUCCGCAGAGGAAUAUCGUCGACGGGUGCGCCGCGCGCGCGUUUUGUCGCGUCGCGAUCGCCGAACUCCCCGUGGAGGACGUCCGAGGGGGAGAUCCGCGCGUUGGUACCCAGUGAGAUUAGUGAGAAAUGGCUGCCGUUCUAAGGAGAGAAUUCCGUGCUGUGGCGAGUGCGGCGCUCGCCGGCAACAGGUGCUUGCCGUUGCACGUAGCCGCACGGUCUCUGACGAGAUCGUCGAUCCGGUGCGACAUCAGCGAGGGAUGGCUUAGCAAGCUCCUGGUGAGGAAGAUCGAGCCCACGAAGGAGUCGCAUUCGCGGAUGCUCUCCGACAAGGAGGUCAUUUACGCGCUGCACACCCAAAACAUACGGCCCGACUCGAUUGACAAGUACUUGGUCAACUACGAGGAGAAUGUUAAUCUCAUACAUUCGAAAAAGUCUGAUUUGAAUUACGAAUUGGUGGGCUCGUGGAUGGUAGAUGUGGGAGACUUAGAUCAGGCCUUACAUCUAUGGCAAUAUACAGGUGGAUACGAACGCAUAGAUCAUGCGCAGGCUGUGCUUUCCAAAGAUGAGGCUUAUCGGCGAUUACAGAGGGAACGAGGGAAUUUCUUGAGAUCGCGUCACUUACAGUAUCUAUUGGCGUUCAGUUACUGGCCACCGCUGGAAAAACGAAAAGGUCCAAACAAGUACGAGAUACGCAGUUACAGUUUGAAACCAGGCACCAUGAUAGAAUGGGGAAAUAAUUGGGCAAAGGCUAUUAACUAUAGGCGCAACAAUGACGAGCCGUUUGCUGGUUAUUUCUCGCAAAUUGGUAGACUGUAUAAUGUUCACCAUAUUUGGUGUUACAAAAAUCUUCAGUCACGUAAGGAGACGCGCGAAAGUGCUUGGAGAUCACCUGGUUGGGAUGAAUGUGUCGCUUAUACCGUACCUUUAAUAAGAGAAAUGCAUUGCCGUAUAUUAAUUCCAACUUCGUUUUCGCCCACGCAAUAAGAUUUUUUCGGGUGUUUUACGGGUAUGAUAAAUGCAUUUGUAUAUUAUACCAGUUAUUUCUUAUAUAAAUAUAUAUGUUGUAUGGAUUGUAAUAUUGUAAAAACAUUUGUUACAUGUAUACACUGUGUAGAUUUAAGUAUAUGAAGUAUGUAUAUGAAAGUAUAUUUACGCGCAUGAAAAGCUACAAAUUUUUGUUGUAUUACAACUGGCAGGAUGUAGUUUGUUACUAUUUAACAUUAUACAUUAGCAAAGAUGCCUGUUUAUGUAUGUAUAUAUAGCAUUACGAUUGAACAUAAAGAUUCGCUCGCGUCGCCCGCCGUAUGAAAAGAAAAAGCAACGCGCGAGUUGCUGCCGGGGUAGCAAAGUAUCUCUGAGCGAAUAUCUGCUCGAUCAUAAUAGUAUAUAUACAAAGAACACCAGUUUGUCAAAAUGUCAGUUGAAUCACAACGUACAUGUAUAGAGAGAGAAAGAUAUAAAGGAAUGAUCUUUAUA